CAUUGGCCAUUGACUUUUUUAUAAGCUUAUACAAAAUCCCUAAUCAUUCCAAUUAGCUGUCUUUGUUUCCAAACUUAAAUCCUCGGAAUCAAUUUACUCGUACUUACGCUAAAUCGUUUUUUUCCUUCAUCACUACUCAAUCUAGUUAAACUACGCCGUGCGUUAUCGAAUUUCCAAAUCCCUAAAUUUCUGAAAGUUAUAGCAAAAAGCUAAGAAUCUUGAAUGCCUCCUAUCAAUAAAAACGCUUCCUUUUUCCCUUCCAUUUCUUGUAUACCUUAACAUUUUCCCCCAAGUAGAUUUAUCUCGAUCUAUUAAACCCUAAUUUAUAUCAAAAAAUCAAUCUCAUCUCGCAGAUGAAACCCUAUUACUUAAAUUUGUUAUUCAUUUUUACAAUUCUUUUUUCUUGUUUUGCCCUGAUCUUUGCCAAAUCUAUAGUUAAGGUUGAUCCCUCAAAACUUCGGGGCUUCAAUCCUGAUGCAGGGAGUUUGCAGCCUUUUCAAUCAAUCACAGGCAGAACCUUGAAAAACGCGAUACUAGAAGAUACAUUCUUCGUAGCACAUCAAGAUGGUUCAUUAUAUAAUGUGGACUCACAUUCUGGGGAUGUCAGGUGGGUGUUCUCAUCAGGAGAACCCAUUUGGUCCUCAUUUCAAGCCUUUCUAAAUUCCUCGCGUCUGGAUGGGGAAACAGAUUCUCGUUGGAAUGACACUUAUAUGGAUAUUGAAGAUGGUUCAACCUUUGUUUUGAAAGGACCAGAAGGUGAAGUAAUACAUAAAUUCACAGAUACAGCGGAACAAUUUUUAACUAGGGUUUCUUCUUCUCCUAAUAUUUUUCCUGACCAAAUUAUUGUUGGUAGCAAGAUAACAAAAGUGUUUAUCGUAAAUGCCAAAUCUGGGAGGCUUGUUUCUGUGCAUACUUUUGCUGCCGGCAUGAAAGAGGAGGGUAAUGCAAAUCAUGGGAGCUUGGUCGAAUCCAAUGUUGCGGAGACAGGUGAGCAGAUCUGUGUAGUAAGGACUACCUAUAGCUUUCAGUCAACCUCGGGCUCAGGUGAACCCAAAUGGGAUCUGCAUUAUUCUGAAUAUAGUGUUUCCGAACAUUCACAAGGAUUUGAUGAUGUUAUUAGUCAAAACUCCUUGACCACAAGGGACUGGUUGAGUUUGGAAUCUAAACGCAAUACCUUCGUACCAGUACUAACAUCGUCUACUGUUUCUUUAAGUCAUGAUGUUGGUGAUGUGAAAGAACAAGGUCCGCAAGCUGAACAAAAGUCUACGCCUGUGCGCGAGCUAGCUCUACCUGGUCCAAACCCUGAUGUGAAAGUGCCUGAAUAUGAGAAUCCUCUUUAUGGUAACUGGUGGUUGACUACUAUGUUAGGCUCUAUUGGAGUUGUAGUUAUUCUCUCACUUCAUCGACUAUCAGCUACGAGGUUUCUAAGACUGGUCAAGUUAACCACGCAGUCGAAGGAUUCAAAAGUUGCAGUUUCAAAAAAGAAGAGAUCUCGAAAGCUUGGGAACAAUAAGAACAGUUCGAACGUCGGAAAGAUUAAGAAUGUUAUGUCUCAGGAGGGAGAACAUGCCAAUGAACUUCAGCUCGAUAAAAAUGAUAUUGAACUCGCAAAUGGCGGUGUAAUUGGGCGCAAGAUUGGUAGAUUAUUUGUGUCUAACAUAGAAAUUGCUAGGGGUAGUAAUGGUACGAUUGUGCUUGAAGGAAAUUAUGAGGGCCGUCCAGUCGCUAUCAAACGUCUUGUUAAGGCUCAUCAUGAUGUUGCUUCCAAAGAGAUUCAGAACCUAAUUGCAUCUGAUCGACAUCAAAAUAUUGUCCGUUGGUAUGGAGUGGAAUAUGAUUCGGAUUUUGUUUAUCUUUCUUUGGAGCGUUGUAUGUGUAACUUGAAUGAUUUGGUUCAAGUAUGCUCUGCUUCUUCCCUAAGUUCACUGACUAUCAAGGACCAGACUGAGAACCCAACAGAUGAGUACAAUGUCCGCUUAGAUGCGUUGGAAGCUAUCAACAAGGAUAUUGAGUUAUGGAAAACAAAUGGCUAUCCGUCAGCCGAGUUGUUAAAAAUGAUGAGGGAUGUGGUAUCGGGGCUCGCGCAUUUGCAUGAUCUGGGAAUCAUACAUCGGGACUUAAAGCCUCAAAACGUGUUGAUACUUAAACAGAGAUCCUUACGUGCAAAACUUUCAGAUAUGGGUAUAAGCAAGCGCCUUAAUGGUGAUAUGUCCUCCUUGGGUCAUCAUGCGACAGGCUCCGGUAGUUCGGGUUGGCAAGCACCUGAACAACUCCUUCAUGGGCGGCAAACACGUGCUGUCGAUUUAUUCAGUUUAGGCUGUGUUCUCUUUUUCUGCAUUACUGGAGGUAAACAUCCAUUUGGUGAUCGGCUUGAACGCGAUAUAAACAUUGUCAGAAACCGUGUGGACCUGUUUAUGGUGGAGCACAUACCAGAAGCUGUCGAUCUUCUCUCUCGUUUAUUAGACUCUGACCCAGAAGUGAGGCCAAAGGCAUUGGAUGUACUGAACCAUCCUUUCUUCUGGAUUUCUGAGACACGCCUUGCGUUCCUUCGAGACACUAGUGAUAGGGUAGAAUUAGAGGAUAGGGAGGUCGACUCUGACCUCUUAAAAGCACUAGAAGCAGUUGCGCCAGUGGCUUUGGGAGGGAAGUGGGACGAAAAGAUGGAACCAGAAUUCAUCUCCAACAUUGGCCGUUACAGGCGAUAUAAGUAUGAUAGCACCCGUGAUUUAUUGCGGGUCAUACGAAACAAGUUGAAUCAUUUCAGAGAACUUCCGCAAGACAUCCAGGAACUUCUUGGUCCAGUUCCUGAAGGAUUUGAUGGUUAUUUUGCAACUCGAUUUCCCAAGUUCUUGAUGGAAGUUUACAAAGUCAUGUACAAAUACUGCAGGGAAGAGGAAUGCUUUCGGAAGUAUUUUAAAAGUAAUCUUGUCUAAAUUGUUGGUCUCUGUUAUCGCAAACUAAUUACCUGUAACUUUUUUUCUUAAUCUUUUUAACUAAAAACAACGCCAGUAUUUUACUCUAACUAAUGACUGUAUAUUUGAUUGUAAUUAUAGUUGUAUCAAUGUUAUAAUAAAGUUAUCCGUUUUCUUUUGUA